CGGGAGCGGGACAUGCUGGAGCUGCGGCACCGCGGGGGCUGCCCCGGCCCCGGGGGAGCGGGGACACCGCCACCCCGCGAGGGAGAGGCGGCCGGCGGCGACCACGAAACCGAGAGCACCAGCGACAAAGAAACAGAUAUUGACGACAGGUAUGGAGAUCUUGACGCCAGAGGAGAUUCUGAUGUUCCUGAGAUCCCACCAUCCUCAGACAGGACCCCUGAGAUCCUCAAGAAAGCCCUGUCUGGACUGUCAUCAAGAUGGAAGAACUGGUGGAUCCGAGGCAUCCUCACCCUGACCAUGAUCUCCCUGUUUUUCCUGAUCAUCUAUAUGGGGUCCUUCAUGCUGAUGCUCCUGGUUCUAGGCAUCCAAGUGAAAUGCUUCCACGAGAUCAUCACCAUUGGGUACAGAGUCUAUCACUCCUAUGACCUCCCGUGGUUCAGAACACUGAGUUGGUACUUUCUCCUGUGUGUGAACUACUUCUUCUAUGGAGAGACAGUGGCAGAUUACUUUGCUACGUUUGUUCAGAGGGAGGAGCAACUACAGUUCCUCAUUCGCUACCACAGGUUUAUAUCCUUCGCCCUCUACCUGGCAGGUUUCUGCAUGUUCGUGCUGAGCUUGGUAAAGAAACACUACCGCCUGCAGUUUUAUAUGUUCGCAUGGACCCAUGUCACUUUACUGAUAACCGUUACUCAGUCACAUCUUGUCAUCCAAAAUCUGUUUGAAGGCAUGAUAUGGUUCCUUGUCCCAAUAUCAAGCGUCAUCUGCAACGACAUCACUGCUUACCUUUUCGGAUUCUUUUUUGGAAGAACUCCCUUAAUUAAGCUGUCUCCUAAGAAGACCUGGGAAGGGUUCAUUGGCGGUUUCUUCUCCACCGUCAUAUUUGGAUUCAUUGCUGCCUAUGUGCUGUCCAAACACCAGUACUUUGUGUGCCCAGUGGAAUACCGAAGCGAUGUCAACUCUUUUGUGACAGAAUGUGAGCCCUCAGAACUGUUCCGGCUUCAGAGUUACUCCCUCCCUCCGUUCCUAAAGGCAGUGUUGAGACGGGAAACAGUGAGCUUGUGUCCCUUCCAGAUACAUAGCAUCGCGUUGUCAACGUUUGCAUCGCUGAUUGGUCCAUUUGGAGGCUUCUUUGCCAGCGGAUUUAAAAGAGCUUUUAAGAUCAAGGAUUUUGCAAACACCAUUCCUGGACAUGGCGGGAUAAUGGACAGGUUCGAUUGUCAGUAUCUGAUGGCGACAUUUGUGCAUGUGUACAUCACAAGCUUUAUAAGGGGUCCGAAUCCCAGUAAAGUCCUGCAGCAGCUGUUGGUGCUCCAGCCAGAGCAGCAGUUAAACAUCUACAGAACCUUGAAGACACAUCUCAUUGAGAAAGGAAUCCUGCAGCCCACCUUGAAGGCCUAGCUGCCCUGAGAGGAUGGACUGCCAAGGAGGAGAGCUCAGAACAGCUCCGAAGUAUUGCACUGAGCCGGCAUAGGGCUGAAGAGGCAACGGAUGCAGGUUUUGCAGAUGUGAAUGUCUUUCUCUGAAAUUACUGUGAAUAUUUAACAAACUCGUGAUCUAACUGAAGAGUGCCUAGCAGGCGCCCGCCCGUGAGAGAUCAGCCCUUUUCUAAGAUGUUUCCCCAUGUUAACUUCUCCGCCCCACAUGCUGGAUUCUGCAGUCUAGGAGACUUGUGUUUUAAAGAGUAAACACUCACUGUAAGUUGAGCCCCUCUUAGGGUUGUGCCUGGCAGUGAGCUCUUUUGCACAAACAUUGACCUCUGCAUUGGGAAAUGCCUCUCUGUAGCCUCAGGCUUGCUACAGGCAUCGUGGGGAUCCAGGUCCUGGGGUUUCCUCCUCUUAGAGACUCAAGUAUUUCUGAAGGGCUGAGUUAGAUUAAAAAAGAAAGAUAAAGAAUGAUCGUUCACUUUUUUCUGUUUUCUUUUCUGACUUUUUUGUUUGCUUGUUCAUGGUACCGGGGAUGGAACCCAGGGUCUUGCACCCACUCCUGGGCUCGGUUCUGUGAGACUGCCUGUCAGAGAGGUAACAGUCUGCUGAGUUGAAACGUCCUGAUUUUAAGUAGUUUCAGAAUCCUGAGGCUAGAGGCUGAAACCUAUGCUGUUAUUGAUUUGUCCAAAAGCAGGCGUCAGCAUCCACUUCUGACUAAACUCCCCAAGAGACCCAGAAGUGGGUCCUCAGAGAAGACAGUGGCGCCCGAAAAGCUGCAGAAAGUCAUCCCGUGGCUUGGUGGUAACCUGUGGAUCUUAGUUCCCUGGGAACUGAUUUCCCUGAGUCCCAGGAGGAGGGAGGGGUGGGGCUGGGGCAGAGCCCUGGCAGGUGCCCGGGUGAGGCGCUGCCUCCUGCUCUCUGUGCACCUCACCUGGAAAGAAGACCCAGGCCCCUGCCAACUCCUGGUGGCCAUUGUUCUUCCCAUCAUGUCAUAAAAUCCAAGCAGAAGUUAUAGCCAUUAAGAAGAAAAGCACACGAAUGCCGUGCCUUCCUUGGGUGGGCCGGACAUUGUCACCAGUCUGGAGGACACCUCUUAGCCCUGGACAUAGCUCCUGUUGCUGUAGGCACUCUACGGCCAUCUUAACAUCGCGCAUUGUUGGUCACCCUCAGCAAACGCCCAGUUCUCCACUUCAGUGUUCAGUGGGGAGAAAUAGAUACAUUGUAAAGGAUAUUUUGGUAAUGAAAAGAGUAAAUAUUUUGUUUGAGUUAGAAAUGAAUUUCAGUGAUCACACAUUCCCUUCCUGCUGUAGAUGUGCCUGGGUUCUGAGGAUUCGCCUCCAGCCACUGUGUGCUGUCCUCACACAGUGUAUGUCCUGAGAAGGCCAUCACUGUUGGGUCUGCUCUCUGCUAGGUGACUUGUGACGGGGGGCUGCACUGGCCUCCAUCGCGUCCUGCCUCUGUAGAAAGCCUAGCCACGGCGCUGCCACGGGUCACGUGGGAAGUGAUGUCUACCCUCUGCUUUUGUUUGCCCCACUUCCCACUCCAGAUGUUGACAAUAAAAAGUCGCAGGCACCAGAGAAACAGCAAAACCUUGUGAUAGGAAGAUGCACUGAGCUGCUUCAGGACGAUGUCGAUUCCCCUCGCCCACUGUGUUCCUGUGGGAUUGGUGAGGUGUUACAAGACAGAAUUAGGAAAAGCAUAGCUUACUCACAGGUAUUAAAAGCCAAUAUUUUCCUAAACAGAUGAAAUUAGGACCAAUGGGGUUAUAGUAAAAGCUUUUCUCAAAUAGACUUUUAGAUUGUGUACAUUAUGCCAUGUAAAAAAUAGGUUCCCAAUUUUAAGAAGGCUCUGAAGAUUGACAUUUCUACUGUACUUUUAUAGCAUGUAUACUAAAAUGGACUAUAUUUUAGCAAUCACUGGCAGAGCCAGACUCCAGUCAGUGUUCUAUUUGCACCAGAAGAGGCUUCGGCUGCUGCAGAAUGUAAGGGACAAAUGAGAGCUGGGGAUGCUUCCACAGUGACGGGAACCUGCUGCUUGGUGCCCCUUUUUGGCUGCUUGUCCUCGUGGUGGCUCACACGGCCGCUGAGGUUGCAGACCGCCCCUCGCUUAGCCUUCUCUCCUCACUCACACUUUGGCUUGGACGCAGGUGACAACUCCUCGCUCACUGAAAAGAGAUGGUAGCAACACUGUACG